GAUGAUGAUGAUGAUGAUGAUGAUGAUAGUUUUUGUGAUGAUGAAGGUAACGAUGAUGAUAAUGGUCGUGAAGUUGCCGCUGCUGAUGAUGAUAAUGAUGAUUAGAGUGACGAGGAAGCUGAUGAUUAUUACUAGAACCAUUACGACAGAGAUUGAAGUCAUGACAUUUUCGAACAGCCAAUAGUAUCCCUGGGGUGUAUUAACCAGCAAAUUCGCGCUCUGCAUAUCAGUGAUGAUAAUGAUGAUGAUGAUGACGAUGACGAUAGUGAUGACGAUGAUGAUGAUUAG